CAGAGGAAGAAGUUGUGGAUGAUGUCUGAGGAUGUCCUAAUAUGUAUGCCGUACCAUUGUCUAUGAUGAGACAACCCCUUUAAGCUUAAAUACUGUAAAUAGCCUUCUAACAUAUUAAUAUGUAGUUCUCCAGCUAUAUACAGUAGAUCUACUCAUUUAUUCCUUCACUGGUAGCCCUGCUUAUACAGACAUGCAUAGAUCUGAACACAGUCAGAUGAAUAGCAACAGGUUACUUCUCUGUAUUGGUGAACAAGAGAUGAAAAUCUAUGCAGAACUGACAGACGCAUGCCCCCACCACAUGUAAGGAGCAGUGGAUUACAGAGCAUGUCUGGAGACCACCCAUACAUCAGCGUCACAUGACAUGGGCAUAUGAAAACCUCUCACUCUGCAGAGAGUCUUCCACAAGUCUGCUUCUUGACUGAAGACUUCAGCACCACAGUGACGCUGGACAGCUCUGCAGGCACUGACUAUAGGAACAUGGAUGAGCAAUUCCUCUAUGGGAGCUUUGCUCAGGACAGGAACCUAUCUUUGUCUGGCAGCAAUUUGUCCCCAGCUCUGUCACUUCUGAACAGCUCUUCCUCUGGGAAGGAGAAGGUCAUGGAAGCCCCUCGUUACAACAGGCAGCUGCGGAUCAUAACUAUGACCAUCAUACUGACAGUGGCGCUGGUGGGAAAUUCUGUGGUGCUGUACAGGAUCUUCAGUGGCAAAGACAAAAAGAGGAAAAUUAACUUUUUAAUCACCCACUUGGCAUUAGCUGAUCUUUAUGUGUCAGUGGUGACUCUCUUUUCUCAGAUUGUGUGGGAGCUGCUGGAGGAUGAAUGGUUGGCUGGAGAUGUCUUUUGCCGGAUUUUCAAAGUUUUUCAGGUUUCUGGACUCAUCGCAUCCUCCAAUAUAAUUGCCAUAGUCGCUCUGGAGAGGCAUCAUGUCAUUAUGAACCCUUUAAGUACCCCUCUGCCCACAAGAUGCUUUGCAGCUUUGGGGUGGCUGUUAGCUCUACUUCUCUCUGUGCCACAGGCAUUUGUGUUCAAAGCAGUCUAUACAGAGCAGGGAAGCAGGUGUCGCAAUAUCUUUGGGCAGCUACCUGGGUGGCACUUUCAGGUCUAUAUCAUAUACAGCUCAGUCACAGUUUUCUUCUUGCCCUUCUGUAUCUUAACUGUGGCAUACAUACGCAUUCUCUGGAUCAUAUGGAGUAAGGGCAAGACCUCCAGAACACCAAAUCACCACAUUGGAGACAUGGAACUUAAGGUGACCAAGAGACCAUUAAAACUGGUUGCUACCAAUAGUUGUAUUCCAAGAGCUAAGAUCAAAACCCUAAAAAUGACACUGGUGAUUAUUAUCCUUUUCAUUGUGUGUGGGUUACCCUACUUCAUUGUAGAGAUGAAGGUGGCAUUUGGCACCAUAACUGGCCUGGAUGAAGAGGUCAUGGCAGUUCUGGGCAUUUUUGUAGUGUCCAAUAGUGCAGUUAACCCGUAUGUGUACCUCUUCUUUAAAACCAACAAUGUUUUCCUCCAGAAACUAGAGAACAAGGUGUGCUUCUCCUGCUGCCUCCAAGAACACCGAGAAAUCCCUUCAAGGAGGGAGUUCUUCCCCUCAUAUUCUCCUACACCAAAAAAAGAGGCUUCCAGCACCACCACCUCUGAAGUGGAGGCAUCUUCUGUUCUGCACCGAUCAGUCUCUUUCCUGCAUUCUGUGGCACCCUUAGACAAAGGAAUCGGUGCUCCCUGUGAGAGUUGUAUGUGAUGUAUUUUUAAGAACUGGUAACAAAUAUGCAGGUUCCUAUAGUUGCUCCCAGUACAGUGAUCCAUCAUUUCCUAGGAGUUAGCCCACAGUUUUUAUGACAAUGAAGCAAAAGUACAAAACUACUGUUCAAAGCUAGCCAUACAUGAAUUGUGAAUGAAGUUCCUGGCCUAAAAGGACUCAUUACUACAAUGUCUCAAGAUUGGUACAACCUUCAGAUGUUCAGAAAUGCAACACCUGGGGACUUCUUUAACUGAUGUUUCUUUCUGCCCACUACCUACCAAUUUUUUUAGGUGGUGCAACUUUACCUGUACAGGAGCAUCUUACAAAUGGUGGCACACCCAAUUUAAACAUGUACAGUAGCAACAAAGUGGUCACUGCAGAGCUCAUAUGCAGAAGAAUGAGAUGGACUUCCAGGGACCUCCUCUAGGUGCUAAUUGCUGAUCAUCAAGAAUUUGAUAAUCUGGACUCCUAGAUAAUUGCUGGGUCCUUUUCAUUCUGGACAACCCUUUUCACUUUAACCCUUAGGCUUUGCUCCCAGACAACUUGUGGCCAUGUUUCCAUAAAGGUGCAACCAUGUCAGAAUUCAUAAUUUAUAUAUACAUUAUAUAUACUCUAUUUAUCAAUGUGUGUAUAUGAUAUAUGUAAUUCAUGUCUUUUUGAAUGUUCAUUGUAUGCCACCAUGUACACAUGUUAACUAAUUCUACAGAAAUGUAUGACAAAGCUGACAAAAAAGAAAACCUUGAUCUGCUUUUAUAUAAAUAUAUGAAAAUCUUGCAUAAUUUUGUGUUGUGCACUUCCCUCUUGUAUCCUAUGUUCCAGGCUGUACAGUCAAAAGCAUUGUAUAUUUUGCUACAAAGCUGUUGAGUGAUUUUUGAUCUUUGACUUAU